GAUGCGUGUGAACAUCUUGAGUCGGCGGGCCGGUGCUUUGCCUACUCAGCUGUCAUCCCGAUUAAUAGAGCGGGACUGAGAGAGAGAUCGAAAACGCGCCUUGUCUACCCCGAGAGAGAGUGAGAGGGACGCGCACACACGCGUUUCUCUGAUGGAGGAGGGGGCGAAAGGGAAGGAGGAGUUUACCAGGGAAUUUGGGAAGGACUAUGGCUACCCGGACGGACCCCGGGGGAUCGAUGAAAUCCGGGCCUCCGAAUUCAAGCGAUUGAAUGGUCUCGUUUACCUAGAUCAUGCAGGCGCGAGCUUAUAUUCAGAGUCACAAAUGGAAGCAACUUUCAGAGACUUGACUACCAACGUAUAUGGGAAUCCACAUAGUCAGAGUGAUGCUAGCAUGGAAUCAUUGUGUAUAAUUCAGGCCGCACGUCAACAGGUUCUUGAAUUUAUAAAUGCACCAGCAAAAGACUACAGUUGUAUAUUCACUUCUGGGGCCACUGCGGCAUUAAAAUUGCUCGGAGAGGCCUUUCCUUGGUGUAGUGAUAGCUGUUUCAUGUACACUAUGGAGAACCAUAACAGUGUUCUAGGAAUUAGAGAAUAUGCUCUAAAUAAAGGGGCCACAGCAGUUGUUGUAGAUGUUGAGCAGAUUGAAGAGCACUCUGGUCCAUCUAAUUUAUCUUUUAAGAAGUUAACUUCUAUUCCUCAAAGGCAAAGUGGAGCUAACCUGUCUGGUGAAGCAGUUGACAGAAAUGUAUACAACCUAUUUGCAUUCCCCUCAGAGUGCAACUUUUCUGGUAGAAGAUUUGACCUUGAAUUGGUAAACGUUAUCAAAGAAGAUUCCUCUAGACUUUUGAGGGGAUCACUUCAAUGCAGUGGCUGUUGGAAAGUCCUCAUUGAUGCUGCAAAGGGAUGUGCAACACAACCACCUGAUCUGACAAGAUAUCCUGCUGAUUUUGUUGUUAUUUCCUUCUACAAGAUAUUCGGCUACCCAACAGGCCUUGGCGCUCUUGUUGUUAAAAAAGAAGCUGCUGCCUUGCUGGAGAAAGCAUACUUCAGUGGAGGUACUGUGGUUGCAUCCAUAUCUGAUCUUGAUUAUGUUAAGAGAAGAAAGAACAUUGAAGACUUAUUUGAAGAUGGUACCCAGUCAUUUCUUGGAAUAGCAUCCCUUCGCCAUGGUUUCAAAUUGAUCAAUAUGUUGUCAUUACCAAGUGUUGAACGGCACACAUCAACUCUUAACGCAUAUGUGAGGAAAGCAUUAUUGGCCAUGAGACAUGAAAAUGGUUCCCUCGUCUGUGUACUUUAUGGAUUGAAUGAUGCUAAGGGGCAGGGACCAACAAUAGCUUUCAAUUUGAAAAGGCCAGAUGGUACUUGGUAUGGAUAUCAUGAGGUGGAAAAGCUGGCAUCUCUAUCUGGGAUCCAGUUAAGGACGGGAUGCUUCUGUAAUCCUGGGGCCUGUGCCAAAUAUCUUGGUCUCUCUCACUCAGAACUUUUUUCUAACAUUGAGGCUGGGCAUGUUUGCUGGGAUGAUUAUGAUGUUUUGCAUGGGAAGCCAACUGGAGCUGUCAGAAUAUCUUUUGGUUAUAUGUCGACUUUUGAAGAUGCAAAGAAAUUCAUCGAUUUUAUUGAGAAAGCAUUCGUCUCCAAGGCAAGUCCUUCCACAAACGGAAGCCAUUUGGAGGUUGAUGUCAUCUUAUCUAGUUCAGGAAUUAAGAGUAUGCUUCCAAGGAGGGAAUUGUACUUAAAGACAAUUAACAUAUUCCCCAUAAAAUCAUGUUCAGGAUUUAGUGCUGAAAGUUGGCCUCUUAGUGCAACUGGCCUCCUUCAUGAUCGUGAAUGGUGUUUACAGAGCCCUUCUGGCGAGGUUCUUACACAAAAGAAGGUGCCUAGAAUGUCUCUGAUUGGUCCACUCAUUGAUCGCACAAGGGGUUUGUUGACUGUAGAAUCACCAUAUUGCUCAGAGAAAUUGCAAAUUGGGCUCGACAUAAGUUGCAAGUAUCUUACACGACAGAAAAUGAACUUGCAUGCUCAGAGGUAUGAGUUUCAGGUCUAUAAUGAUGAAAUCAAUCAGUGGUUUUCUGAAGCUAUUGGCUGUCCUUGCACGUUAGUGAGAUGUUGCAGUUCUGAGGUUCUUCCUUGCACUAAUGGAAGAACCGGUUCCACGUGUCGAGAUACUGAUAGCAAGCUAAAUUUUGUUAAUGAGGCCCAAUUCUUGCUGGUGACUGAAGAAAGUGUUGAUGACCUUAACAGAAGAUUGAAGCCAAAUUGUGAGAGAUACGAAAGUGAUACACUUCUACUUCCAAUUGAUCCAAUUAGAUUUCGACCAAAUCUUGUCAUUGGCGGAGCAGAGCCAUAUGAAGAAGAUGAUUGGAAAGCCAUCCACAUUGGCAAGGAGCAUUUUUCUGACUUGGUGACAGGGAAGAGGAUUGGGAUUGGUUUGGUGUCUGAUGGGCUGUAUCGGCUUUCUAUACGCGUUGUCACAGCUCUUAUGUCAGCAGUCAGCAAGACAGAGAAGAAGGAGGAAGAGUGUCGUCAGUUAUUUUUGUUUUGGCAUGAACGCCUUGGUCAUCUCCCAUUUGGGAUUUUGAAACAUUUGUUCCCUGAACUAUGUUCUAGUUUAAACAUUUUUAUGUUAUCAUGUGAUGUGUGUCAGUUUGCGAAGCAUGUUAGAGCUUCUUAUCCAAUUUCAAAUAGUCGUUCUAAUAAAGCUUUCUCCUUGGUUCAUUCUGAUGUGUGGGGGCCUUCGGGCAUUCAUUCUCGUGGUGGUUUUCAAUACUUUAUAACUUUUAUAGAUGAUUAUUCAAGGUGUAUCUUUGUGUAUUUGUUGAAAGAUCGUAGUGAGGUGCCUCACAUUAUUGAAACUUUCAUCCUCCUAGUGGAAAACCAGUAUAAAAAUUCUGUCAAGACUUUCGGUCUGAUAAUGCUCGUGAAUAUAUGUGUCUCACUGUUGAAGAAUUCUUUCGAAAGAGGGGGAUUGUUCAUGAGACAUCCUGUAGUUAUACCCCCCCCUCAAAAUGGGGUUGCUGAGAGGAAAAAUCGUCAGUUGCUCAAUGUCACCCGAGCCAUAUUGUUCCAAAGAAAUCUCCCAAAAUACUAUUGGGGUGAUGCAAUCCUUACUAGUGUCUACUUGAUUAAUCGCAUGCCUAGUCGUGGGCUAAAGGGUCGUACUCCCUACUCUAUGCUUCCAGGGAGUAGUCAACCUUUUCACCUUCCUCCUCGAGUCUUUGGAUGUGUGUGUUUCAUACAUAACCACAUCCCCAAUGUGAAAAAACUUUAUCCCAAAUCUAUUAAGGGCAUCUUUCUUGGGUAUUCUUCCACUCAAAAAGGUUAUAAAUGUCUAGAUCCCACCACUGGUCGUCUUCAAAUUACCAAAGAAGGUGAUGAUAAGGAAGAGAUAGCAAGAUUAAAGGGUUUACUAUCUACUGAAUUUGAUCUAAAAGAUCUUGGUAAGCUGAAGUAUUUCUUGGGUAUUGAAAUUGCUAGAUCAGGUACAACUCUUGUACUUAGUCAAAGGAAGUAUACUCUGGAUCUACUGAAUGAGACAGGAAAACUGGGGUGCAGACCAGCCUCUACUCCUAUAGAUGCUGGGCAUAAACUUGGUAGCAAAGAUGGAGAACUGUUGUGUGAAGAAGCUAAAGGGAGAUAUCAACGUCUAGUUGGCAAACUGAUUUAUCUCACUCUAACUAGACCUGAUAUCACAUUUGCUGUAAAUGUGAUGAGCCAGUUCAUGCAUGCACCUACAGAUAUGCACUUGAAGGCUGUAGAUAGAAUUCUGUGCUACUUGAAGAAGAAUCCCGGAAAGAGACUUCUAUAUGUGCAACAAAGAUCUCUUGAAGUUGAAGGGUAUUCUGAUGCAAACUGGGCAGGUUGUGUUGACACCAGAAGAUCUACCUCAGGGUACUGUGUCUACUUGGGGGGAAAUUUAGUUGUUUGGAGAAGCAAUAGACAAGAUGUGUGUUCCCGCUCGAGUGCAGAGGCUGAAUAUAGGGCUGUGGCUACUGGGGUAUCAGAAUUGUUAUGGCUGAAGAUCUUACUGACAGAUAUUGGAAUAGAGAUUGAAGGGCCUAUGAGGAUGUAUUGUGAUAACAAGUCUGUAAUUAACUUGGCUAACAACCCGGUUCUUCAUGAUCGAACAAAGCAUGUGGAGAUUGACCGUCACUUCAUCAGAGAAAGAAUUGAUGCUAAGGAAUUAAUGCUACCAUACAUGAAGUCUGAAGACCAAACUGCUGAUAUCCUAACCAAGGCCUUAAGUGUAACUCCAUUUGAGAGAAAUGUAUCCAAGUUGGGCAUGUUUGAUAUGUAUGCCCAACUUGAGGAGGAGUGUUGACGGGUUUUGUUGUCCGGGUCCGGAUCCUUACCCGAUCCGGUUUGUCCUAAUUAGGACUACUUAUAUCUCUGUAAACCCUAAUCUUUGAGUUAAUGAAGUUUCUAAGAGAGAGAGUGUCUGGCUGCUAGUGGGCGUCAGAACUCCUCACCCGUGGUUUUUCUUCCCUCAUGUUGAGGGUUUUCCACGUUACCUUGGUGUGCUUUCUUCUACUCUCGUGCAUGCUUUAUUUCCACAGCAUUGAAGUAGAUUGCCACUAUGUUCGAGACUUAGUUCAAGAAGGAAUUGUUAGCACUAUUCAUGUCUCCUCAGAAGAUCUGAUAGCUGAUAUCCUCACCAAGGCUCUUCCCAUAGGCGAUUUCCUGAGAUGUUAUAGCAAGCUGAGCAUGAUUGAUAUAUAUGCUCUAGCUUGAGGGGGAGUGUUAAAGAGUAUUUCUGAAAUAUUAGAAAGUUAUGGAGGAUGUCUUUAAACAUUUUCUUAUAUUUGUUGGACUGUCAGCCAGCCCUAAUCUAUUUUAAAAGAGACUAGGGUUACGUUAAUGAAUUAAUCCUUUUGGCUCUUUCUCUCUCUCUCUCUCUUGUUCUCUCCUUUCCUCGAAAUCUCUCUCAUCUCUCUCAAUUUGCAACAACAUGAAAAGAAAAUUGAAGAGCAGAGAAAAGGGGAUUUCAUCUACAUUGUAAUGGCAUCCUCUAUCUUAGGCGUGCCAUAGUCCUCUUUAUCAUUAAGUACAUAUUUUACACUAGACAGUGUAAAGACAGAUGUUUUAAUGUUGUUGGAUCUGGGUCUCUUAUUAGACCCGGUUUUGUUUUAUUGUACAAGGCAUGUUGUUAUAGAUAUCCCUUAAACUUAAGGGUAUUUUUGUAAAGCUGUAUAUUAGGGAAUCAGCCUUGUUUAAUAUUAAUUCGUAUUACCCACGUCAAAGUUAAUAUGGUGGGUAGCUUCUCAGCUGUGUUCUCUUCCUCUUUCCCUUGUUUUAUGCAGUGAUUGUUUCUGGAAACAUGAACGAUGUUAGAGCCACGUCUAGGCCUUGGAUUGGAUUGAAACUGAAAGAUGUUUCCUCCAAGAUUUAAGAACUCUUUUUGAAUCUUCCACCUCUCUGGGUUCCUGUCUCUAUUGCCUUAUUCUUGUAGUUGACUGGUGUUUUUGCCUCUCCGUUCUGCCCUAUUUUAUUGUCUUAACCUCCUCUCUGCUUAUGUACCCUAUAUCUAUGUUCAUAUGUUUUGCCUCUACUCUUCUAUGUGUAUGUUGUUCCACCUUAGGAUUCUCUUUCAGCUAUCAUUAAGAUAUUUGGUAUAUUCUGAACUGAUUAUUAUCAUGUGUUCUCUUGCAUUUAUUGUGAGUCAUAACCUUAAUCUGCUGUGCCUCUAUAUUUUUGUCUCAUCUGACAUUGAAAUCAUUUGUUUUGUUUUUGACAGUCUAAAUCUGACCCUGAUAGCCAUUUAGAUUAUACUGUUUUACAUUCUGUCUCAUUCUUGUUCCCUGUCUUAAAAAAAAAAAGAAGAGAAGAGGCAGAUUUCAGAUCAGAUGUUAUUUUACCACACCACAUUACGCCCAUGCAAAUCUGAUCUAAUCUUCUCCUUAAAAAAGGGAAGUCAACGUGGGCGAAUUUUAUUGACUGGUUCCAUUGUUUUCUCUAUUCUUGUUUGUUAGUGUUGUCUUUGCUGAGUUAUUUUCUCAAAUAAUUUCUGUUCAUUCUUGUCUCUUUUAAAACCUUUCCUUGGAUUCUUCCUCGUAGACAACAAGACAAGAAAACAAUCCAUCUAAGCCAAAGGAAGUGUCUGCAUUCUGCAAUAUCCACAAACAUGUUGAAGGCACUACACAAAUAGCAACAGCUGCAACAUGAAACCGAUGACAAUGGGAGCAAGAGAGAAAAAGAGAGACAGGGAUAGAGGUAGCUCAGGCAAAUUGGCCGGCGGUGGGAAUCAACGGCAGGAAGAUAAUUUCCCGGCCUCUAAAGGCCGAGAAAUGAGGGAGAAGGAAACGUCUUAUGACCCUUUACGAAUGUAAAUGGCGACGAGGGAGACAUUUUGACAGGCACCUGAGGUAGUGAGGCUGGGUAAUCGGCGGUAUGAAUCGACGGAAGGCGGCAGCAAUACGACCGAUUGAUCGACCCCACAAACUACUACUACUUCUUCUUCUUCCUCUUCCUUCCCUAAAACUCAGUACGACCCAAAACUCAGUUCCCCACCUGCCAUCGCCGCUCACCGUAUGCCGCUUGCCGUCACCGCUCGCCGCCUGCAGUCGCCUUUCGGUGAAGGUUGAAGACGUUUCGAUGAAGGUUGAAGACGAACGAUCGUGGUUUAAAAGGGUUUGAUAAUAAUUUUAACGUGAACUUUGUAAAAAACGUUAAAAAGUAAAAAAAAAAAACAAUAAAAUUCAAAAUCGAACAACUUUGGACUCAAUCAAAGUUGACCGAGUCCAAAAAUGGUAAAAAAUGACCCCAGGUACGUUGACCGUACCCGGUGUUGCGUUGACCGCACUAUUGCCGCACCCAGGGCCACACCCGCACUGGUACCGGUGUUGUAUCGGUACCGUGCAGGUACUCCUUAAGAGGAGUACCCGUGUGACAGAGCUUCUCGAUCAUACAGAUCCCUUUUUGGGAAGCUCCUUUAUGUAACUGUGACCAGACCAGACAUUAGCUUUGCAGUGGGGAAGUAAGUCAAUUCAUGGAAAGACCCAGGAAAGUUCAUUGGGAUGCAGCAUUAAUGGUGGUCAAAUAUUUGAAAUCGUCUCCAGGUAAAGAACUUUUGUUCACAAAAGGCAAGACCUUGGAAGUAGGUAAAGAACUUUUGUUCACAAAAGGCAAGACCUUGGAAGUGGAAGUCUAUAGUGAUGCUGAUUAUGCUGGCUCAGUCGAAGACAUGAAAUUUACCACCGAAUUUUGUGUAUUUUUCGGAGGCAACCUUAUAUCUAGUGCAGAAUCUAAGUACAGAGCUAUGGUUCAAACUGCCACUGAAAUGACUUGGGUUGAAUCCAUGCUAUAUAGCCAGCCGCAUAUAUUGCAAACAAUGCAGUUUUCCAUAAGAGAACUAAACAUAUUGAAGUAGACUGCCAUUACAUUCAAGACAUUGUUCCAGGAGGAAUCAUAGCCACUAUUCAUGUAUGAUCUAAAGAACAAAGUGCAGAUGUCUUCACCAAAGCUAUUCCUAUUGGUGAUUUCUCUAGAUGUUGUGACAAGCUGAGCAUGAUUUGCAUGCUCCAGCUUGAUGGGGAGUGUUGAAUUAGAAGACUUUUAAGUUUCUAGGUGAUCCUUUGCAAUAUUUAAUAGUUAGGAGUUCUCUUUAAACAUUUCUCUGUUUUUGGUUGAUGUUAUUUGUAAGUCUCUACCGCUGCCCUAAUCUAAUUAUUAUUGAGAUUAGGGUUACUUAAUAAGAUGAUUUUCUCUCUCUAGGUCUGCCAGUUGUAACAUGAUGAAUCCCUUUUUAGUUACCUUGUUAGGGCUUGAUUUAAAGCAUAAUGAUCAAGUAGUGUGGUAUUGUAUGUAAUGGCUGAUACUCUAGUCACAUGGGUAGUUCAGUAAGGUCCACGUAUCUGUGUCGUCGUACCCGUACCCAAAAUGGGUACUUUGACACUUGGGUACCUAUAGAUCCAAACUGGUUAUUUUUACUUUGAUUUAAUUUUUUUCACCUUACUUUUUAUUCUAUUCUUUGGAUGUGAAAAUUCAAUUGAUGUUCAUAUUUGACUAGGGGGCUGCUUCGUUGUCCAUAUGUUUAAAGUUUUUCAUAGGUUUCUUAAACACACUGCUGCAAGAGCCGUUGAUAUAUAUUUUCUAUGUUAUUUAUUUGUUUAUGUUGAUUUAUAUUCUUUAUUUUGAUACAUAUUUUUUAAGUAUUUCUUAUUGUUUAUAUAUAUAUAUACGGCCGUACCCCCGCACCCAAGUUUUUUUAAAAUGGUCAGUACCCGCACCAGCACCCGUACCCGUACCUAUGUGACAUAGCUGAUACUUGUGUCAUGGAUAACGCUGGAAAGUUCUAUAUAUUCCUUAUUUUGGAAAUGGUAGCAUUGUUAUUGGAAAUGGAUCGUAUCACACUAUCUCACACAUUUGGAAUGUUUCUAUUCCUGGCUGGUUCAUCUUUUGGGCUUCUCAAUGUCCUUCGUGCUGGAAACAUCAAGAAAAAUAUUAUUUUAGUUUCUAAACUUGUUCAUCACUUCAAUUCUUCUGUUGAAUUUACUUUGUCUUCUUUUUAUGUCAAGUAUUUUCAAACAAAGGAGAUGCUUGUUAAAGGAGAAUGAUGUAGAUAUAUGUAUAUUUUCCAAGAAGUUCCUAAUCUAGGUCAGGCUCUAAUUCAAGUGAUGGACUAUAUUUUGUUGUCAGCUAUGUAAGAGUCUUGUUCUUCAUUUUCAUUCAAAAAGUGAAUGAGCUUCAAUUAUGAUGAAACAAGUAGAGAACACGAAAAUAUGAAACUGAUGAGAUAAUAGAUUGAAAAUGUGAAACUAUGAGUUUCCUUCCUAUCAUAUUUUUGCUUAUUUGAAAAUAUGAAACACAUCUUUUUCUAAAAUCUCAGGGAAUAUAUGGGGGUAAUUUCACAAUUUCUCAUUUCUGGCUAUGUGUUUAAUGAUCACUUUAUUUUCUGGAUAUUAUCAGCUGGUUCAAAAUGGCAAUAUAUACAUAUAUCGCAGAGCUCAAAUUCUCAGGUUGCCGAAUGGCUAAAAAUUAAAAAUUUGUCGUUAAUAAAUUGUCGCUCUAGGAGCAUUACCGAUGGUUUAUGGUGUAACGACUGUUCAUAGUAUUUUUAGCAAUGGUUUAUGGUUCAGCAACAGACUUGUAAUUUUUAGCCAUCCAACAUCUGGCUGGUUUGAAUCCUCCUAUAUAUAUAUAUAUAUAUAUAUAUAUAUAUAUAUAUAUAUAUAUAUAUAAAUAAGUAGCUGUUAAACCUCUGGUACAGAAUGCUUUCUGGCCGACCUUUUUGGUGACACUUCCAUUAUAAGAUUACAACUAACCUUUUUAUAUUGAAAGGUUUUCUUGCAUGGUAAGUUUGCAGAUAAGGCAGAAUUUUCUGCUCCUCAACGUUGCUAAAUUCUUCUUUCGGCCAUUCCCUCUGUUGGUCUGUGACAUUUUAACAUCUUUUUCAAUGAAAAGUGAAUAUUUCUUUUCGGUGUUCCUCAUGAUACGAGAUUGCAAUAACCAUGCAUAUCUCCUUUUUUGGGAUGUUAACAAUCAUGUGUGUGACUUUUGCAAAUGAUUGUAGCAAUGAAAAGGCCAACCAGUCAAAUUUCUCUUCUUCUGCAUCUUGUAUUUGCUUUAUG